AUGAAUAUGGGGGAGGUAGUACGAACUAUAGAUGUCGAGACGGAUGUCCCUGAUUUCAGUUCGCUAAUGCUUAAUCGAACUUCGUUGAACGCAUUAGCUAAAGCUGGUUUCAUCAAGCCAUCUCCAGUACAAGCUCAAGCUAUCCCAUUUGGCAUGCUUGGACUUGAUUUGCUCGUACAAGCAAAAUCCGGAACUGGAAAAACAAUGGUUUUUUCUUUGUUGGCUGUAGAAAACCUGAAUGCUCAGUUUGGGCGUCCACAAGUGUUGAUCGUAGCUCCAACUCGUGAAAUUGCUUCACAAAUAGUCUCUUAUAUCAGAAUGCUUGCUCCUUCUGUGAUCCAUGUGGGGAUGUUUGUUGGUGGAAAUGAGAAGGGCGUUGCGGAAGAUAUUCAAAAACUCAGGAAAAGUAUUCACAUUGUUGUUGGAACAACAGGCCGUCUUUGCCAUCUUGUUCGAAUCAACGCAUUGCGGCUAUCCCAUGUACGGUUGUUUGUUCUGGACGAGGCUGAUAAGCUUAUGGAAGACAGUUUUCAGAAAGAAAUCAAUUAUCUGUUCUCUACACUGCCACCGGAAAAGCAAAUAGCUGUGUUCUCAGCUACUUAUCCAUAUAGGCUGGAUACAACUCUUAUGCACUACAUGAGAGAUGUACACCUGGUGCGUGUGGAUAAAGAUGCACAGUUACUUGGUGUCAAACAGUACGUGAUUGUUGCUCGCAAUGGAACCAGGAAAAUGAACGUUUUGCUGCGCUUAUUGGUUCACCUUCGUUAUGGUCAAUGUAUCAUCUUUUUAAUUUGUUUGUUGGUGGCAUUUAAAAAGGAAAAAAUUGCUGCAUUGAAGCUUUAUUUCAGAUGUGAGGAGCUUUGUGCAGAUUUACAACGAGCGAAAUUUGAUGCGGUUAGCAUUUCUGGUAGCAUGCCACAAACUGAUCGUACAAAAGCGAUACGGAGACUCAAAAACUGCUUGGUUAAAUUACUCAUUUCAACCGAUCUUACAGCACGAGGAAUUGAUGCUCCAGGCGUCAAUAUUGUGGUCAACUAUGGAAGUCCACUUAUAUUAGCUACUUAUUUGCAUCGAAUUGGGCGUGCUGGACGUUUUGGUACACAAGGUGCUGCUUUCACAAUUAUCAAUAGUGAUAAAGAGCUGAAGUUGUUCAGUGAUUUCGUUGUCGAGGGAAAACUUCGAACUAAGCUAUUACGAGCAAGAGAGGAGUGGCCUAGCAAUCUCAUCUAUGACGAUGGAUUUUUUAACAGUUCUGAAGACUUCCGUCCCUACACAACAAGGAACUGGCAUAGUCAGCAAAGUUAUGAUAUUGAAAGGGGUGAGGGAAACGUAUCCGAAUUCAUCGGGAUUGGUUCAGACUUGCGAGAAUGUGAAAAAGAAUCUAAUUUCUAUGGAGACACGACCUCAUUGCAUCAUAAAUCGGAGAAACGCAUCUAUUCCAGUCAAGAUUUUUACAACAUAUGUAGGAAUAUGACGAAUAAUGAAAUCCCUGAUGUACUUUUAAAGAAUUUGAUUUCAUUGAAGAUACGAUCACCAUAUAACUUCGAUUUAACGCGGAAAAAUACUCUGAUGGUGUUACGAGUGGGUACUGUAAAUAAAAACAGUGAGAACAUAAAUAAUCAUGAAAAAUCUUGUCACAAAAAACCUCUUUGCUUGCUAAACAACAAAACAGAUCUCACUGUAGACAUUAGCAUACCAAAACAUGGUAUGAGUUGCAGGAAGAAAAGGUAUUUAAGGAAUCAGAUUCUUGCUAUUCGAAAUGUGUUGUCCGAUGAGGAAUGGUUGCGGUACGCCAGUCUUCGUUUCGGUUCAACUGUGCGAUAUGAACCGUUUUUGAUUUGUAGAUUUAAUGAAGGAAUUCCAGUUGAUCGAUCGGACGAAAAAUAUGUGAGGAAACCCAGUUUGAUAGGAAGUCACAAUUUGGAAGAAUUGAAUCCAAAGCGAGGCGAGAUACAUCAGCGGAAAAAAAAUGGUAAAAAAUACGAAACUUCUGAAGAAUUGAAAGCGAAACUUGCGAAGGUUAAGUCAAAGUUCAAUUAUGAGUUGGUUUUGGGAUUGCGUAGAAUGAAAGAAUGUAUGACAACAACCGAAGUAGCAGAAAUAUGUUCCAUGGCAAGCCAGAUUGAACAGAGAAAACUGACUGAGACAAAUAGUACUCAAACUGAUGGACUGUCAUUUCAUGAAGAUAGAAGCGUUGAUCGUUUGAAUGAUUAUUGUUGCUCUGGGAGAUAUAUGUGCAGAGAAAUAGACCACUUUGCACGGUAUAUAAAACACAUGCGUGGGUUCAAAUUUUAA